GCCCAAGGAGAAUGAGGGAAACUGAUGGUCCCCGGCAAAAGUUUCGAGGGGAUUGAGGUCUUAAAACAGAGUAGUUGAACGCUACAUGGAUCGCAGAAAUGGCGGCGAUCCCUUGGCGCCUCCUCGGCCCCCUAAAUUGUUACCAAAAAUCCAUCGUCCUCGUGCUCCCGAGCCAGAGAUGAUGAAUCAGCAGUCAGCAGUAGCAACAACAACAGUUAGACAAACGGAAGUUUCGAAUACCACACCUCAAUGUACAAAUCAUCAAACGGAUUUAAGUCGAAAUAAUAACUUGAUUCAACAGCAACAAGCACAACAACAACAGCAGCAACAACAACAACAACAAAUUAGUAUUAACCAAACAUUGUCGUCGUCAACAAUUCCCAUAUCAUCAUCAGCAGCGGUAGCGGCAGCAUCAUCCGGCACUUCCGCUUUGGUAAUUGCUGGCUGUCCCCCCAUUCGCUACAAUCGUGUCAAUUGCAACAACAAUCACAUUGGCAACAUUGAUGUCAUAACCCAGCAACCCUCAUCAGCAGCAGUAGCAACAGCAUCAUCCGCAAUCGCAUCCACAGCAGGCCUAGCCGACGAUUAUCAAAUCCAUCAUUUAACCUAUUUACCCCAAAGACCCAGCAAUUUGAGUCGCAACGGUAGCCAAAUUAGCUCCAAUUCAACGACCACCAAUACAUCAACAACCUCUGUGGGUGGUGUCUCGUCAACGGCGUCAACGGCGACGACGAACAACGGUAUUAUAGCAGCGAACAGUUUUACACGGCGUCGACCACCACCGCCGCCAACGCCCGUGGCCACCUCCCCGGUAUUGGGCAAUUCGGCAGCAGUGCCGCUGCUAACGGCAAUUAGUGGCAAUCACCACCACCUCAACAACAAUUUCCUUAAUCAUUUCCAUACUACAGAGCAGGUGUCAUCAUCUACCGUCACACUGGCGCAGCCUAGACCCGAGUCCGAACGACUCGGCAAUGAGUAUGUGGACACGCCGUUGCGUACGGCCCAACAGCUGCAGAAUGCAACGCGUAUCCAACAUCCGGCCGGCGAGCAUGACAAUGGUCAGACCACAACGCAUCACCUGCUGUUGCUGCCGCAACGCGAAUUGCGCCAGCAGCAGCAGCACCAAGUCCACCACCACCAUCAUCAACAGCAAACCCAAAGGCAUGCGACCUCAGCUGCUGGCUCAGCGACAUCAGCACUGCCCUUGGGCCUCGAUGGCACGGAUGGCAUUUUACAUUCACAGCACCACCACCAUCAGCAGCCCCACAAGGGCUCAACCACAACGUCGUCGUCUUCGGUGACGGGCAAAUUAUCGCCCAGUCCAGCGGAUGCGAGGGGCGGCUUUGGCUUAACGGGCCUGCAACCCAUCAAUCAACCGAUCACCAAACAACCCGCCUUGUCAAGCAAUGCAAAUUCCUGUAAAUUCGCCAAGGAGCUGCCGGCCCUCGAUGAACUGCUGGAUAUGCACAACAUAGCCACCGGUAUACCCACAUCGCAGGGCAUGAUAUCGGCGGUGAAUGGUGCCAGUCCGCUAACCGGUCCCAUGGUGAUUGGUGGCAGCGAGGGUCCCUCGUCACUGAAUCCCAUUACCUGCCCGCGUUGUGAACGCUGUCGCUGUGAACAGUGUCAGAGUCCCAGGCCGCUGCCCCAGACGUGGGUGUGUAACAAGACGUGUUUGUGCAGUGCUGAGUCCAUCAUCGACUAUGCAUCGUGUCUGUGCUGUGCCAAGGCGUUGUUCUAUCACUGUGCGCGGGACAAUGAUAUGGAUUGCGAUGAUGGUUCGGGCACACCCUGUGUGGAUAAUCCCUGUUCGUGUGGACCCUAUAAACGUACCCAAAGAUGGGGCUGGCUGGGAGCAUUGUCGUUGGUAUUACCCUGCUUGUGGUGUUAUUGGCCGAUGCGAGCCUGUGUGGCGGCAUGUGAGAAAUGCUACGGUCGCUUUGCUCGGAGGGGCUGUCGUUGCCAACAGAUUGGUUCAACCUCAAGUAUGUUCCCCAUAACAUCGAUUGGCAACAAUGGUAACAAUGUUAUGGUCCUAAGCAAUGGCGGCGGGGGAGGAGGAGGAGGCAUGCAAGGUAAUGGCUCGAAUAACUCGAAAUCGUCGAUGCAUCAUCACAACGAGUGCAACAGUGCGGCAAAUAGAAUACUAAGAAAAGGAGAUUUGACACCUGAGAAACGAUUACUUGAUUCCAGUCCAGAGUAUUAA